GAUGUCGACCAGCUCUUCGGAGCCUACGGUGCCAGCCCGGGCCCCAGUCCCGGCCCCAGUCCAGCGCGGCCGCCCGCAAAGCCGCCCGAGGAGGAGCCGGACGCCGACGGCUACGAGUCGGACGACUGCACCGCCCUGGGCACGCUGGACUUCAGCCUCCUCUACGACCAGGAGAACAAUGCCCUCCACUGCACCAUCAGCAAGGCCAAGGGCCUGAAGCCAAUGGACCACAACGGGCUGGCGGACCCCUACGUCAAGCUGCACCUGCUGCCUGGAGCCAGUAAGGCAAAUAAGCUCAGAACAAAAACUCUCCGAAACACUCUGAACCCCACAUGGAAUGAGACCCUCACUUACUAUGGGAUCACAGAUGAAGACAUGAUCCGAAAAACCCUGCGGAUCUCCGUGUGUGAUGAGGACAAAUUUCGCCACAACGAGUUCAUCGGGGAGACGCGAGUGCCCCUGAAGAAGCUGAAACCCAACCACACCAAGACAUUCAGCAUCUGCCUGGAGAAGCAGCUGCCAGUGGACAAGACAGAAGACAAGUCCCUGGAGGAGCGGGGCCGCAUCCUCAUCUCCCUCAAGUACAGCUCGCAGAAGCAGGGCCUGCUGGUCGGCAUCGUGCGCUGUGCACACCUGGCUGCCAUGGACGCCAAUGGCUACUCGGACCCCUACGUGAAAACAUACCUGAAGCCGGAUGUGGACAAGAAAUCCAAACAUAAGACAGCAGUAAAGAAGAAGACCCUGAACCCAGAGUUCAAUGAGGAGUUCUGUUAUGAGAUUAAGCAUGGGGACCUGGCCAAGAAGACCCUGGAAGUCACUGUUUGGGAUUACGACAUUGGAAAAUCUAACGAUUUCAUUGGUGGUGUGGUUCUAGGUAUCAAUGCCAAGGGCGAGCGUCUGAAGCACUGGUUUGACUGCCUGAAGAACAAGGACAAGCGGAUAGAGCGCUGGCACACACUCACCAACGAACUCCCUGGGGCUGUGCUCAGCGACUGACUGGCCCCCACCUGCUGCCACACCUGCCCCUGUGUGUCACCUGGCCCAGCACUGGCCUGGCCCUGGGCUUCCUCAACUGCCACCAAGGGCCUCAGCCCCCACGUUGGGGGAGAUCCAGGACACCUGCUCGAACACAGAACCACUGCAGCCCCCACUUGGAGGCCAUGGAGGACCUAGCCACUCUGAGGGACAGCGAGGGCAGACAGCUGGGUCUACUUUCAGCCCCUGGGGCCCAAAUGGGCCAGAGCUGGGAGGAGAGGAGCUUGGCCUCAGUACCCAUCCUGGGGAAGGGAAUGGGGCUAUCCAAGGACAAGGAACCUACCAGAGGUCAGCAGUAAAUCACAGGGGACCUCAGGCUGAGAGAACAGGAGUGCAGGGGCACCCUGGUGGGGCCAGUGAGAACUCCUGUUGGGGACGUUAGGAAGAAGCGUAUAGUGGGGAGGAGACUAUAAGCAGGACAGGAUGCUGACUACAUCCGUUCAUCCCUGGCAUUACUGGGCAGGUAAAAAUGUUAACCUGAGAGCCAGGAGUCUGGUGAAGUUCUCAGAAGCUCCCAAUGAACGUGGGCGACUGGCAAACAGUUCACUCAAUAAUUUCACAAGCCCUUAGGGAAGAAUGAGAUCCAGGCCUGCCCUCAGGGAGUUCCCCUGUCUAGUCAAAAAGCUGGAAACAAACCAUUAUGUGGGGAUCAAGGAAUGCCAAGGCUAGCCUGGUCGCCUGCAAGUGCUGUGGAUUCUGCUGACUCUGCUAGGAGAGCAGGGAGGGCUUCUCAGAGCAGGUUAUGCUUUAGCAAAACCUUGAAAGGUAGUAGAGUUUCUAGGCAGACAAAGGGGAAGGGCAGUGCAAGCAGUGGGAAUGGUCUCAAAGGCCUGGAGCAGAGAGAACGGUGAUUAAGCCAGGGACACUGAGGGACUCAUGAUUUCUCUGGGGGGCAGGGGCAAUGGCACCCAGCCCUACUCCCUCCUCACCCUUGGCUGCCAGGCCAGCCUGGGCUCAUAGCUGUUGGGGGAGAGAUGGAAGUACCAUGGUGAAACUGAUGUUGGUGCAGGGUCAAGUUCAAUUCUCAGAUCCAGUUCUCCCACCUUUGAUCUCUUUCCUCCUGAGGACCCUGGAAAAUGAAUACUGCCUCUCAUUCUUCCCAGCUUAAGCAUCAGGUCAGCUGUAGUCAAGAAGAGAAAAAGGGUCCUUUGUUUUAUACUAAAAGAAGCAAAAUGUCCUCCUGUCCUCCCCCUCCUCUUCCCUUCCCCUGCCUCCUACCUAGGCCCUUCUGGGUUUGGGACCCCAGGUGGUUGCCCAUGCAUCCUGGCCCUACUGUGACCACUGAUGUCCCUCUCAGGAAUACUGAGCAGCAGUCCAGGGCCUUGUUUCUGGGAAGCUAAGAGGGAGACACUCUGCCUGCUGGGCCUGUCUAUACCCUGAGUCAGGGUCUCCAGGGAAAGGUUGAAGGGUUGGGGCCCAGGUCUGAAGCCCCAGACUUUUCCUGCCUUCCAGGGGGCUUUCAGGAAUGCUGGAUGAACAAAUGCAUAACCAAGGAAUUUCUGUGUUCAACCCAUUACUGGACUGAUGGGAAAUGGAGCCCAGAGAAGAAAAGCGACCUGCCCAAGGCUUUCCAGCCUUACCACAGCUGGGGCAGACCAGACUCCAUGGCCCCUUCCCCACCCCCAGCCCAGGGCUCUGGACCACACUUCAGGGGAAGUAGGGUGCUGAGCUCACACACAAGAGGUCCUGCUAGCUGCCUGCCUGAGGCUCACCCCUGCCUGCUGCCUACCCACGCCGACACUAGCAGCAGGGUUCACAUGGUCAUCAGGGUUGGGCCUUCUGCUGCAAACACAAAGCACACCACCAUCUGAGGCCUGGGGUGAUGAUUCAAUCCCACCAAGUGCCCAUCAGCCCUUUCCUAGUUUGCGGGGAACUUGGGACUCUAGCCCCCACACAGCACAUGGCAACUUUUGCUGGUCAUGGAGACUUGGUUUUCCCAUCUUUAAGAAGGCUCUGUGUGUGUUAAGGGUUUUACAUGCACUGUCUUAAUAAAUCUUCACAACCCUUGUGUCUGGUGAGCCCUGAGUACCCUCUAACUUUGCCUUUUUGGAGGGUCUCAUUCAGAGAUGAGCUCACACCCUCUCUGUGAAGACAUGGAAAUGCUGAAUGGCAAAGCUAGAAGGGACUCUGUGAGUACACCUACUACAACUUCCUUAAUAAAUACAUAGAGAAACUGAGAUCCAGCUGGGACAAGAUUUCCCAGAACUCCUGGCACCCAGUCCAGGGCCCUCUACUGCCCCAGGCUGUUCAAGUGUAGACUUGAUCUUGAAAGACGGUCCCCUCUGACCACUGGGACAGUCAGGCUGGGAGGCAGGAAUUCUGGACAGCCAGCUCAAGUGGAGGAUGGGGCACAGGAGGGCCCCCAGGGAGUGACAGAACUUUCAGGAGAACCCUGGCACUGUUCUAGACCCCUUGCAGAUUGUAUCUCUGUAAUAGAAAAAGCUCUUUGAGAAGCUGCAGUAUCAGCUCUGCCUUUGACCCCAAACUGGCAUCUUUCCUCUGGUCCAUCCGACCUACAAAGAUGGGAGAUUUGAUGCAAAAAAAAAAAAAAAAA